GUUUUGAUUUUGAUCACAGGAUUAGGACGGCGGGCAAGUGGGAGAUCUGCAAACGUGGCGUGUCGCUAUUCGAGUUUGGAUAAGAUCGAAAAUAAUCUUUGAGAAAGCGAAAUCUCAGAAGCUGAUUACUGUGUAAUUAAUUGUUAAUUAAUCUCGAUAAUUGGGAUUAGAUCCUUUUUUUUGCUUCCCCGAUCCUCUUUUCUUCUUCUUCUUCUGUUUUUCUUCGUUUCCAUUCUCCAGCCAGAGAGAGGCGGAAGUAGCCACUUGCAGAAGAAAAAAAAAAACCCCACCGAUUCAGCGAAGUGGUUUCCGCCGUCUCAUACGACCAAUCUCCGGCGUAUGUUCUUUACCACUUGUUCUUGCUUUCCCACUAUGAUUCGCAGACCAAUAUAUAAAUGAAGAGGUGUAGUUUCUGAGGUUCUCUCUGUAUUUGUAUGUUUGGUUCCUGGGAAAUUUUCAGCUGAAGAGAGAAAAUAAGGAAUGGAGGAGGGUGGGCUCGGAUUGAAAUCUUCUUCUCCUCUUCAGGAUAUGGGAAUUGGGAACUUCGGGUGUUCGCACUACAAGAGAAGGUGCAAGAUCAGGGCGCCGUGCUGUGACGAGAUAUUUGAUUGCAGGCAUUGCCAUAACGAGUCCAAGAACUCGAUUGAAGUUGAUUGCCAUGACCGUCAUGACAUUCCUCGGCACCAGCUGAAACGGGUCAUUUGCUCCCUUUGUGACACAGAACAAGAUGUUCAACAGCACUGCAUCAAAUGUGGAGUUUGCAUGGGGAAGUACUUCUGCUCCGAAUGCAAGUUCUUCGAUGAUGAUGUCUCAAAGCAGCAAUACCACUGCAACCAAUGUGGCAUCUGCAGAACUGGUGGGGAGGAGAACUUUUUCCACUGUGACAAAUGCGGAUGUUGUUAUUCAACGUGUUUGAAGGAUUCACACAACUGCGUCGAAAGAGCAAUGCACCAUAACUGCCCUGUAUGCUUUGAGUUUCUGUUUGAGACUACGAAAGACAUCACAGUCUUGCGCUGCGGACACACUAUCCAUUUAGAAUGCCUUAAUCAGAUGCAAAGAUAUUUUCAGUACUCUUGUCCUGUUUGCUCCAAGUCCUAUUGUGACAUGUCUCAAGCAUGGAAGAAACUUGAUCAAGAGGUUGCUUCAACACCUAUGCCACAAAUUUAUCAGAAUAAGCUGGUGUGGAUCCUUUGCAAUGAUUGUGGAGAAACCUCAGAAGUAAACUUCCACAUCUUAGCACACAAGUGCCUGAAGUGCAAUUCAUACAACACGAGGCAAACGAGAGGAGCGAAAGCAGCAUCUUGCUCAUCGAGGAUCCCGGAAAUGGUUAGAUGAUUGGCUCUCAUUGAUAUGCUUCUUUCUCACCUCCCUUGUUGUCGUCUGAAUUGAAAAUUGCAAUCAACCAACAAGUGUGAUCCUUCUUCUAUACCCAAGCACCAUUCGGAUUCCUGUUUCGGAAGGCAUUCAUUGCCCCAGGACCCGAGGCUUAGUGUCCAGAAAGCUUUGUGCUUUAUGUUCUGUCAACUGUUGUAUCUUGGGGGAGAAGAAAAGCUUGUGAUGGGAGUGUUGAAGUUCUUCUUCAGUCAUUCUUUUUGCAUGGCACUUGAAUGUACCGUAGUUGCCGCUUCAUUUGAUCCCUUGAAACAGAAAACCCAGCUAACAAAUCGAACUCAGAAUACACCAGAACCAAAAUGAAUGCAUUUUCAUUCG